AUGAGCUCUUAAGAUACAGCAGCUCGAGCUAAUGGGCAUAUUACUUAUACAUUCAACAUUUAUAAAUUAGUACUUGUCGUCAUGUUUGUUUUCAUGAGUACCAGUUAGUUUAUUUAUCUCAUUUUAGGUAUGAUUCUUGGUGGUUCAAUAAUUAUUUUCUAAAGAACUCACUUUAACUCACCCUUUUACAACAGAUCUUUCUUUUUAUUGCAUGAUGUUUUGGCAACAUGGUAACUUUGGACUUCGGCAUGUUUGGCUUCAGCUAUUUUACUAGAAAACAAUUUUUAUACUGGUACCAUAGUUAUAUGGAUAAUUGGAUCGCCACUUCUAGUAUUAUUUGUUUUGCUUUCCAGAGAUGAAAAAGUUGAUGGACUAUUCUAAAAUGUGAAUAAAUUUGCUAACGGAGAAGAAAUUAUUCAAUAGAUUAGUAGAUUCACAUCACAUUGGAUGGAAAUCCACAAAUAGCUUUGUAAUAAGCAAGAUUGCUCACUUGUUGCAAAGAAUAAUUAGAAGAUUAACAGAAUAUUAAAGUAGAUAAAAGCAAAUAACCCUGAAAUAGAUAACGAAAAACAUUCUAAGAUUAUUCAGGUUGUGUACUAAAUGUUUUAUGAAGGCACUAAAAGAUUCCCAAAUCACACUAACUUGAGAAUAAAUUAUGCAUCGUUCUUAAUUGAAAAGAUGAAGUUUAAAUAAACAGCUUUAUAAGAAUUAACUAUUGCUGAAGAGAAUUUCCCACCUUUUGAUAUAUAAUUUACCAUAUUUAGACUUAAAAAAAUUAUAGAAGAGGAAAUAUAGAACGAAAAUAAGUAAAAUAAAAUGAAAAUAGGUGGAAAUAUAGAUGAAGAGUUAGGUGUACUUGAUAUAAUUAGUGAGAUUAGAUAUUAAGAGAUAUUUAAAUAAUUAAGGGCUGAUAUUGAAUUGAGCAGCGAAGCUCAUAUGGAUUUUUGGUAGCAGUUAUCAGAAGAGACACCAGAUAUGAAAAAAAUUCAUUAGUUUGGUCGUCAUAUUUACAGAACUAAAGCUAAAGUUGAGAAUGACUGGUAACGUCUGACUAGAAUUUGUGAUAAAAGACCAAAAGCUUACAGAUUUUAUGCUAGUUACAUCAUAGAAAUUAUUUAAGACCAAAAGACGGGACAAUAGCUUCACACUUAGGCCAAUUUUUUGUAAAAUAAUGGCAAAAAGUACUAAAAUAGGACAAAAGGAGACUCAGAUAUGGAGUAAGACACUGAUUCUUAACCUUGUAUUAUUAUUUCUGCUGAGUCUGAUAAAUUAGGCUAGAUAUAACACUUAAAUCUAGCAGCAACUAUUUUAAUUGGUAGCAGUAAAACUGAAUUAAUAAAUAACAAUAUAAAUAAGCUUAUGCCUAAUCUUUAUGGAUAAAAUCAUGAUCAAUUUUUAGAAAACUACUUAAAUAGAAAUGAAUUCAAUUAUUUUAAAGAAGAAAGGCAUUUAUUUAUAACACAUAAAAGCUCCUAUAUUAUUCCAAUUUAUCUCAGAGUAAAAUCAUUCGAUACUCUAAUGCAUGGCUUAUAGCUAAUUGGCAAUAUUAGGUAUGAUAAAUAAUUCAGGAAUCAAGCUUACAUUUUAAUUAAUGUAGAGGGAUAAAUUAAUUCCAUAUCUUCAACAUGUAUUUCAAUGCUAAAAAUAGACUACAAAUUGGUAAGUUCAAAGGAAAAGAAAAUAGACCAAUUUUUCCCUUAACUUAUGGAAGAAAGAGACAAUUACAUGAACAAGCAAGGUUAAAUCUAUUAGUACUAAUUUCCUUCAAGUGCUGGUGGAUCUAUUAGAGAUAUUGAUUCUCUUAAAACAAAACCAAAAAUGAAAAGCAUAAGCCUUAAAAUAUAAAUAAGUGAGAUUUGUUUCUCAAACGAUGAAUUUGUAGGUUACAUAAUCAAAAUAGAUAAAGUCUCAGAUAUUGCAUAAAAUUCAAGGCUUAGACCUAACCCUAGUUUAUCCACAUUUUAAUUUACUUAUGAAAAACAAACAAAAGGUUUUCUUGGAGAAUAUGGAUUUAUCCCAGGAAGUGAAGCAGACAGUCAAUCUCAUGAGCAAAACUUAAAUAAUUCAAUUUCUUCUUUAAAUGAUAAUCAAUCUUACAAUCAGAAUUAGUCUAAGCUUCAAAAAUAAAAAAAUAAAUCCAAUUAAUAGAGUCUCACUAACAUUCCAAAAAAAUCUAAUUUAAGCAGUGAUCAAAUUUUAAAAUAACCAAAUAACUUCUAAAGUCCUUCAAGGCAAGCUCCUGCAUCUAACUUAACUUAACCUACUUUGAACUCUGCAGAAUAAAAAAAAUUUAAUAAUUCACCAGAUAAUCAUAUUAAUGAAAUAAAAGAAAAUGAAAGAGAACAUGAUGAUAACGAAGAAAUAGAAGAUAAUGAGUAGCAAAAGCAUACUCUCCAAACAGAAGGAAACAAAGAUUGGAACCAAAAUCGUUAUAUAAAAAACACUUUGUACUAAGAUAAUAUGCUCAAAAAUGAAGUACAGAUGACAACUAAUUACGAGUAAGGAAUCAAAACAGUAAGACUUUUCAAAAGCAAAAUCCAUGAGAUGCACGAUUUCAAAGAAGAAGAUUCUUAAGAUUCAGAAAAAGAAGAAGAAGAUUUGGAAGACAGUAUCUUUAGAUAAAAUUUAGAUGAUGGAGGCGAGGAAAGUACUAAGUUAAAUCACAAUUUUAAUGAUACGUUCACUAGCAGAAAAGCUCUAAAUUCAGUCAUUAAUGCUAAAAUUGUGCCAUAAGAAAUUAGAGUGUUAAACGCAUUUGUAAAAAUAUUCCUUUUACUACUUACAGUUAUAUCUUUUGUUGAAUACUUUGUUGGUGUUUCAGUCUUUGGAAAUAUCAAAUCUGAUAUUUAACUUAUAACAUAUUCCUGCUAAAGAAUUGCUAAUUUCUAAUAUAUUCUUGCAAAUAUUCGCGAUUUAUAGUUGAAUAACGAUAAAUUAUACACCUUUAGCUCAUCAGACAUAAAUAACCUUAUAACAGAUACGAAAGCUGUCAUAAGUGAUACUGAUAUAAUCUCUAACUAUCUGCUUUUGAAUACUAAUAGACCAUCUUCAACAUUGAGUAACAUGCUUACCAACAGCUAAGUGAAAGUUAUUUUAGAUGGAGGCUCAUCUUAAUACUACUCAUUUAAUUAAGUUACUUCUUAGAUGAUAUCAAAAGCUUUAUCAAUUAUUAAUUCAGGAGUCAGUAGUAUUAAUAGAAAUAAUAAUGAUGUAUAAAACUUUUAUUUGAAUAUAAUGAAUGACUAUUAAUCUUACCUCAGAACUACUAACACACUCUAUUUACAGGAUUUAAAAUCUGAAACUAAUAACCAAUCUACACUUUUCUUUGUUCUUCUGCUGAUAUCACCAAUUAUAAUUUGCCUUUUCAUGAGUUUAUUAUAUCCAGUUUUAAACUUUGUAAAUAAAUCAAGUGGCAAGGUUAUAAAUUUGUUUUUACACGUGCCAAACAAAUACGUAUAACAAUUGCACACUUAAUGCCAAAAUUUUGUCUCACAGCUUAGAGCAGAUGAAGAUGAUACAUAAUCUGUAAAUGAUUUGGACAGAGAUGACGAUAACUAAGGGUUUGGAGGAUAAAAUGGAGAAUAAGGAGAAGAAGAAAUAAUGAAGAGAAAGAAAAAGAAAUACGUGAAUUAAAUUGAUAACAACAUAGUGACCAUUAUUUCCAAAAUGCUUUUUGGUGUUUUGGUUUUAGAGGCCUACUUUAUUGCAUCAUAUUUUUUAGGGAAUAAUCUUUUGAAUAAUAUAGAAACUUUGCUUCCAGAGUUUAAUUAUACUGCUUAUUCUGAGUCGCUUUAUAUUUUUUCUGAUAAUGCUUAAAGAAAUUAUUUCAUCAAUCCUACCUAUAAGAUUUUUAAUUAAGAUUAAAAAGUGGUUUGCCUUAGUGAUAUUAAUGACAUGUUUGAGCUUGACUCUAAUAUCUUAUAUGAGCAUUCUUAAAAUAUAUAAAUUGUUUCUAAUUCAUAUAAAAACGAUUUCAUUCAAAUCAUAACAUAGGAUCCUUGCUAAAUUUUUUUAAAUAAUAAAAUAGUUUCUACAAUAGAUUAAUGUAAUUAAUUUGCUAAUGGUGCAGUAUAAUCAGGGAUGACUGCUGCAUUUACUAGAUAUUUUGAAAACAUAAGGUAACUCUUAACAUAUUAGUAAUAAAUAUUAGAAGGUGUCUUUACAUGGGAUAAUGUUCAACCAGGUUUUACUGAAGUUAAUCUUGGAUUAAAUAAUUAAACAUUGAACUCUAUUAUUAAUUUACUUCGUCUUCCUGUUGCUUAGGAGAUUAGAGAUAUGCAAAGAAAUUACAUCAAAUUCUCUGUUAGAUAUUUAGUUUCGUCUUUUUAAAGUUCUAUUUAAAAUAAUUUGGAAUAAAUACAAACUAUUAAAUUUAUACUUUUCUUAAUAUUUAUUGCCAUGAUUUUCUUGAUGUAUCUUGUUUUUUGGUGGCCCAUAGCUGAUAGUUUAACUGAAGAUAUAUGGAGGACACAGUCUCUACUCACUGCAGUUCCUGUGCAUGUACUUAAAUUAGUUAGGCCUAUGUAAGUAUACAUUAAGUUUAUGUAUGAUGAACAGCAGAGAGAACUUACAAAGAAAAAAUAAAAAGCUGAUGAUAUUAAAAACAAAGAUUCUGCUAAAUCAAAAUUAAUAAUUUGA